CCUCCCAGUUUGUCCCAGUCCCUCCCAGUCUCUCUCCCCGUUCCGGUCUCGUUCUCUAUCGCGAUCCCGCUCCGUUUCUGUCGCGAUAGUCGCGAUGAAAAUUGUCAUUUUCGGCGCCACCGGAAGGACCGGGCGGGUCACGCUGGGGCUGGCGCUGGAGCAGGGGUUCGAGGUCACCGUCCUGGUCCGGGACCCCUCCCGGCUGCCCCCCGGCCCCUCCCCCGCCCGGGUGUUGAUUGGGGACGCUCGGGACCCCCAGGCCGUGAGCGAGGCCGUGAAGGGACAGGAGGGGGUGGUGGUGCUGCUGGGGACAGGAAAUGACCUCAGCCCCACCACGGCCAUGUCGGAGGGCACGCGGAACAUCGUGGGGGCCAUGAGGGAGCACGGCGUCCCCAAGGUGGUGGCGUGUCUGUCGGCGUUCCUUUUAUGGGACCCCGAGCGGGUCCCGCCCCGGCUCCGUGACGUCACCGCCGAUCAUUCCCGGAUGGAGAAAAUCCUGCGGGAGUCGGGGCUGAGCUGCGUGUUCGUGAUGCCCCCGCACAUCGCGGUGGAGAAGCCGCUGACCGGCGACUACGAGGUGUCCGUGGGGCGCCCCGGGGGCCCGGGGGCGUCGCGGCAAAUCUCGGCCGCGGAUCUGGGGCAUUUCCUGCUGCGCUGCCUCCGCUGCGACGACUUCGACGGCAAAAAUAUCUAUGUCAGCAGGCACUACCCGGAGUAGGGAUCCACUGAGAUCUGCUGGGAUCCACUGGGAGUUACUGGGAGUCACUGGGAUUUACUGGGAUCCACGGGGGUUUAUUGGGAGUUACUGGGAUUUACUGGGGUGGGAUCUGGUCGUGGUAUCCAUACUGGGAAUCCACCCUGGGAUCCACUGGGAUUUACUGGGAUUUACUGGGAUCUACUGGGAUUUACUGGGAGUUACUGGGAGUUACUGGGAUUUACUGGGGUGGGAUUUGGGGAUGUUAUCACAUCAUGGGAUCCACUCUGGAAUCCACAGAUGGGAUCUGGUCAUGGGAUCCGUCCUGGGAAUCCAUCCCCGGGAUCCACUGGGAUUUACUGGGAUUUACUGGGAUCCACUGGGAAUUACUGAGGUGGGAGCUGGGGGUGAGAUCUGGGGGUGUGAUCCUGUCAUGGGAUCCACAGAUGGGAUCUGGUAAUGGGAUCCAUACUGGGAAUCCACCCUGGGAUCCACUGGGAUUUACUGGGAGUUACUGGGAUUUACUGGGAUUUACUGGGAUUUGCUGGGGUGGGAUCUGGGGGUGUGAUCCCAUAGGGGGAUCCACUCCGGGAUCCACAGGUGGGAUCUGGUUAUGGUAUCCAUACUGGGAAUCCACCCUGGGAUCCACUGGUAUUUACUGGGAUUUACUGGGAUCUACUGGGAUUUACUGGGGUGGGAUCUGGGGGUGAUAUCCUGUCCUGGGAUCCACUCUGGGAUCCACAGGUGGGAUCUGGGGGUGGGAUCCAUCAUGAGAAUCCACACCCGGGGUCCACUGGGAUUUACUGGGAUCCACUUGGAUUCACUGGGAUUUACUGGGAUUUACUGGGAGUUACUGGGAUUUACUGGGAUUUACUGGGGUGGGAUUUGGGGGUGAGAUCUGGGGAUGUGAUCCUGUCCUGGGAUCCACAAAUGGGAUCUGGUGAUGGGAUCCAUCCUGGGAAUUGACCCCCGGGAUCCACCUGGGAUCCACUGGGAUUUACUGGGAUCUACUGUGGUUUACUGGGAUUUACUGGGAUCUACUGUGGUUUACUGGGAUUUACUGGGAUCUAGUGGGAUCCACUGGAAUCUACUGGGGUUUAUUGGGGUGGGAUCUGGGGAUGGGAUCCAGGGAUGGGAUCCACUCUGGGAUCCACAGAUGUGAUCUGGUGGUGGGAUCUAUCCUGGGAAUCCGUCCGAGGAUCCACCUGGGAUCCACUGGAAUUUACUGGGAUUUACUGGGGUUUGCUGGGAUUUACUGGGAUUUACUGGGGUGGGAUCUGGGGAUGGGAUCCAGGGAUGGGAUCCUGGCACAGGAUCCACCAGGGAUAUGGGGAUGGAAUCCACUCUGGGAAUCCACCCCCAGGAUCCACCUGGGAUCCACUGGGAUUUACUGGGAUUUGCUGGGAUUUACUGGGAUUUACUGGGAUUUACUGGGGUGGGAUCUGGGGGUGUGAUCCCGUCGUGGGAUCCACUCUGGGAUCCACGGGUGGGAUCUGGUCAUUGUAUCCAUACUGGGAAUCCACCUGGGAUCCACUGGGAUUUACUGGGAGUUACUGGGAUCUACUGGGAUUUACUGGGAUCUACUGGGAUUUACUGGGAGUUACUGGGAGCUACUGGGAGUUACUGGGAUUUACUGGGGUGGGAUCUGGGGGUGAGAUCUGGGGAUGUGAUCCUGUCCUGGGAUCUGCUCUGGGAUCCACAGAUGGGAUCUGGUCAUGGGAUCCAUCCUGGGGAUCUGGGAUCCAGUGGGAUCUGUUGGUAUUUACUGGGAUCCACUGGGAUUUACUGGGGUGGGAUCUGGGGGUGGGAUCCUGUCAUGAGAUCCACAGGUGGGAUCUGGUCAUGGGAUCCAUCCUGGGAAUCCAUCCCCAGUAUCCACCUGGGAUCCACUGGGGUUUGCUGGGAUUUACUGGGAUUUACUGGGAUCCACUAGCAUGGGAUCUGGGGAUGAGAUCCGGGCACAGGACCCUGGUACAGGAUCCACAAGGGAUAUGAGGAUGGCAUCCACCCCUGGGAUCCACUCUGGGAUCCAGUGACAGGAUCCACCCCAGGAACCUUUUGGGAUCCUCCUCACCCCCCACCCCUGGAUCCCCCCUGGGAUCCCCCAUGGGAUCUGGGGAUGAGAUCUGGGGAGUGGAUCUGGUCACAGGACCCAGGAUCCACCCCCUGGGAUCCACCCUUGGAUCCAAGGAUGGGAUCCACCCCCAAGAUCUACCUCUGGUAUCUGGUGAUGGGAUCUGCCAGGAUUGGCACCGGGGAUUUGGGGUUUCCUUGGGUUUGGCACCCUGGGAUGAUGGCAGGGAUUUGAGGGAUCCAGUCCCGGGAUUAUUCAAAAGAUCUGAGGAUCCACCCUUGGGAUGAUCUCAGGGAUUUGAAGGAUCCAUUCCUGGGAUGAUCUCAGGGAUUUGAGGGAUCAAUUCCCAGGAUGAUCCAAGCAAUUUGGGGGAUCCAGCCUCAGAAUCAUUCCGAGGAUUUGAGGAUCCCUUGGGAUUUGCAUCCUGGGAUCAUCCCAGGGACUGAGGGAUUCAGUCCCAGGAUUAUUCCAAGGAUUUGGGAUCCAUCCAUGGGGUGAUCCCAGAGAUUGAGGGAUCCAGUCCUGGAAUCAUCCCAGGAGUUUUGGGGAUCCCUUGGGAUUCACAGCCUGGGAUGAUCCCAGAGUUUGGGGGAUUCUUUGGGAUCAUCCCAGGCAUUGAGGGAUCCAGUCCUGGGAUCAUCCCAGGGGUUUUGGGGAUCCCUUGGGAUUCACAGACUGGGAUUAUCCCAAGGAUUUGGGGGUCCACCCCAGGGAUGAUCCCAAGAAUUGGGGUCCCCCAUUCCCAAGGAGAUGAAAUCCAUGUUUGUCCCGGCCUGGAGCUCAUUUGUGGGGUCAGGAGC